GCCUUUGGUUCUAGUUGUCUAUUGUCUAAGUACUGCCACUUGGCUACUGUGACAGACCUCAGACUAAAACUGAAUUUAUCAUGGUCCACUGAUGCCUGAGUCUUUCUUCCCAGGGUGCCUUGGAGUGCUCCCAAGCACAGGUGGGCCUCAACCCUGGGAGGAGCCAGGAAUAACAGGCAGAGAGUGAGGACGUGGACCACUCAGAUCCAGAGAUUCUUCUUCAGCCUGCCCUAGGGUGACUACAAAGGGUGGAAGGUCAAGGAUCGGGGAGUACUCUUUUACCACAGAAGAGAGAAGAAGCUACAUUCUUCAGGUAUAGAGCCAUCGUCUGGCUACCAAAGAUGUUGUCUAGGAAACAAAAAUGCUGUUCGCUUUGUGUGGCCAUUCUCCUGCUAACCCUCAUCUUGGCCUUAUUUAGCUAUUACUUGAACCCAAAGAACCAGAAGCUGAAAAGUAUGUUAGCUAGGGCAAGCAUGGCUGUUAGAAAACUCCGUGGCCAACAAGAUGUAAAAUGGUCAAGGAUGGCAUAUGGCCAACCACAACUGCUAAAGCCCUCUAGGAAUGAUGUCCUUGUGGUGACACCUUGGCUGGCUCCCGUUGUGUGGGAAGGGACUUUCAACAUCCACAUACUAAAUCAGCAGUUCCGACAGCAGAAUGCCACCAUUGGAUUAACCGUGUUUGCCGUAAAAAAAUACAUAAUCUUUCUGAAGCUGUUUCUGGAAACCGCAGAGACAUACUUCAUGGUGGGACACAGAGUGAACUACUACAUCUUCACCGACCAACCUAAGCAUGUUCCACAGAUCCUGCUCCAAAAAGGAAGGCAGAUGGCCAUUCUCAGGGUCCAGAGCUAUGCCCGCUGGCAGGACAUCUCCAUGCACCGCAUGGAGGUGAUCAGCAUCUUUUCCCAGAGACGCUUCCUCAGGGAGGUAGAUUACCUUGUGUGUGCAGAUGUGGACAUGAAGUUCAAUGACCACGUGGGCGUGGAGAUCCUCUCCUCCUUGUUUGGAACCAUCCAUCCUGGCUUCUUCUGGCUCCGACGGGAUGCCUUCCCCUAUGAACGCCGGCCUCAGUCCCAAGCCUAUAUUCCUCAGGAUGAGGGGGACUUUUAUUACAUGGCGGCUUUAUUUGGGGGAUCAGUGCCAGAGGUGUAUCGGCUCACCAAGGCCUGUCAUGAGGCAAUGAUGAUUGACGAAGCUGGUCACAUCGAGGCCAUAUGGCACGAGGAGAGCCACUUGAACAAGUACCUACUUCACCACAAACCCACCAAGGUCCUCUCCCCCGAGUACAUGUGGAAUAAUGGGCCGCUUAACUUAACUCCUUGCAUAAAACGGAGUCGAUUUGUGAUCUUGCAGAAGGAUGGAAAGACAAUGCGUACCAAUGAUGAAAACAUCGAGAAAGGGUUCGGAGAGGGGAGAUGGCCCGUCAGCCCUCCUCAUCUUCCUGCCACGCUCUUCUAAUUUAACAUAAGUUUUACAUGACUCUGCCUCCUUCCUGUCUGUUCAAGAAAAAUUGCUGGUACCUACCCCCAUCUCCCCAAAUUCAGGUAGGCCUAGCACCAUCCCCAUCUUCCUAAUCUUCACACACACACACACACACACACACAUUUAGGCAGGCCCAAUUGCACAGCUUAAGUGCAAGUUCCUGAGUUGCCCCACCUUGAGCAUCUCUCUGAUCAUCCAACAUUGUCAGAAUGAAGGAGGCAAGUGUUCUAGCCUGUCUUGACAAUAGAAGGGAUAAGAGAAAAUUAUUCCACAGCAAGGAAGAGGCCUGUCAACACCUUCUUCUGCCUCCUGCGAUAUGCAGUCACACAUAAACCUGCUUUCCUCCUUGUCCAACUGGUGCACAAAAACGUCAGCCUUAAGCUAGCUGACUGACUUUUCUCAGAAUCCUUACAAGGGUUAUAUGGUCCAUUUCAUGUGCAGGCAGGAGAAGAACACAGUGACUAAUCAACAGCCUCUUCCCUGAUUCUUGAACUCUUUUUCAUCCCAAAGCAUUCCCAGAAUUAAAAUCGCUCUUCUACAUGCUCCAU